UGUGUAGGGCUGACAGCAACCAGAGAAGAGAGCUGGGCGGAGAAGGCAGAAGACUCCAGCGUGGGGCAGCAUGGCUGAAGAUCUGGACCUGCAGUCCUGGGACCUUCAAUGUGAGAGCAACCACCGGAACCACCGGACCUCCGAGAUGGGCUGCCAGCAGCUGGUGGUGCGCAGGGGGCAGCCCUUCUCCAUCACGCUGCACUUCGUAGGGAGGAGCUACGAGGAAGGGCUGGACAAGCUGUCCUUCAACGUCGAGACAGGGCCCUGCCCCAAUGAGGUGUCUGGGACCAAGACCCAUUUCCCUGUCUCCAGCUCCUUGGAAGAAGCAGCGUGGAGCUCAGCGGUGGAGAGCCAAGAUGGAGCCAACCUGACCGUGUCCAUCUGCUCCCCUCCAGACGCCCGGAUCGGCCGCUACACCUUCACCCUGGAGGCCUCGACGGGCUACCAAGGAUCCAGCUUCAGGCUUGGGGAGUUUGUCCUGCUCUUUAAUCCUUGGUGCCCAGUGGAUUCUGUCUUUCUCGAAAGUGAAGAGGAGCGGAAUGAGUACGUGCUGACUCAGCAUGGCCACAUCUUCCAGGGGUCAAGCACCUUCAUCUAUUCCAUCCCCUGGAAUUUUGGGCAGUUUGAGGAUGAAAUCUUGGACAUCAGCCUUCAGCUGCUGGACACGAACCCCAAAUUCUUCCAGAACCAAGACCGGGACUGCUCCCGUCGCAACAGCCCCGUCUACAUCAGCCGGGUGGUGAGCGCCAUGGUGAAUUGCAACGAUGACCAAGGGAUCCUGUUUGGCCGCUGGAAGCAGCCCUACGACGACGGAGUCAGCCCCAUGGUCUGGAGCGGGAGCGUGGACAUCCUGCAGCGGUGGCAGAAGUACGGCUGCCAGCCGGUCCGGUACGGGCAGUGCUGGGUCUUUGCCGCCGUGGCCUGCACAGUUCUCCGAUGCCUGGGGAUUCCCACCCGUGUGAUCACCAACUACAACUCUGCCCACGACACCAACAGCAACCUGAAGAUCGAGCAGUACUUGGACGAGAAUGGCAAGGUGCAGGCGGGGACCCGGGAAUACAUCUGGAAUUUCCAUUGCUGGGUGGAAAGUUGGAUGACUCGUCCAGACCUUUCGGAAGGCUUUGACGGCUGGCAGGUUUUGGACCCGACUCCUCAAGAGAAGAGUGAAGGAGUUUACUGCUGCGGCCCAACUCCGGUCAAGGCCAUCAAAGAGGGAGAGCUGAAACUGAAGUACGACGUUCCCUUUGUCUUUGCGGAGGUCAACGCAGACGUGGUGUACUGGAUGCUGCAGAGCGACAGCUCCCGGAAGAAGACCGUGGACUCCAGGAGCGUGGGAAGGAACAUCAGCACCAAGAGCGUGGGCAGAGACUCCAGGGAGGACGUCACUCACAACUACAAGUACCAGGAAGGCUCCGAAGAGGAGAAGGCCGUGCUGGAGAAGGCGAACCUCAGUAAGGCCCCCCCGACGGAGGAGGAGGAGGAGGGCUUGAAAAUCAAGAUCAAAGCCUCCGAGGGGAUGAACAACGGGUGCGACUUCGACGUCUUUGCCGUCAUCAGCAACAAGACGGCCAACGAGAGGACGUGCCGGUUGAUGUUCGGUGCCCGCGCAGCCGGCUACAAUGGGGCGUUGGGACCCGAGUGCGGGAGGAAGGACCUGCUGAAUGUUGCCUUGGAGCCAUAUGCAGAGAAAUCCGUCCCCUUGCGCAAGUACGGCGGGUGCUUAAUGCAGGACAACAUGAUCAAGGUGAUGGCCCUCCUCCAGGACUACGAGACCAAAGAGAUCGUGAUCGGCGUCCGGAACAUCUACGUCAAAAACCCAGAUAUCAGAAUCAGGGUCUUGGGAGAACCAGUUCAGAAUCGCAAACUGGUGGCUGAGCUCACCCUGACGAACCCCCUGCCCGGCCCGCUGAGCGGCUGCGUCUUCACCAUGGAAGGCGCUGGUCUCACAAGAGGGCAGAAGGUCCAGGAACUCGACAGCCCCGUCGGGCCGGGAGAGGAGGCCAAAGUGAGGGUAGACUUCGUGCCUCAGCAGUCCGGCCUGAGGAAGAUGGUGGUGGACUUCGAGAGCGACAAGCUGACGGGCGUGAAGGGCUACCGGAACGUCAUCAUCGCCCCCCUGUCGAAGUGAAGCCCACCUGGAAGACAAAGAGGCUGCUGAUCCAGCAA